AAACGAGAAUCUAUCAGAACUUUGAACAUGAAAGGAACGUCUAAAAACGUCUCUUGAGCAUGAAGAACAAGCAAGGUCAAUAGUCUGACGGUGACUAGGCAGCUUGGCAGUCCUUCAAUACAUGGCAGGCUUGAUUGGUCACACAGGUGCAGCUGCGUAAGAGCCACGCCCUCCACUCCAGCUGAUGCUGAAAACAAAUGCAGAAAGAGCCAAAACAUGAUAGUAUGUCCACACAUAAAACAUGGCUAUAAUGUUUCAGGUUCCAGUGUUACGUAAAACUCACUCUUGCUGUGACAAGACAUUCCAAUCAGGCUUUAUAGAAAAUACACUACAGCAAGAACAGUGACACCGAGCACCUGCUUCUUUUCCCACUUUUUUUGGUAUCCAAACUGUUUGCAUGCUAUCCGAUGUGUGUCCUUAAAGUGAUGGGAUGUCCGUGGAGCGCAGCACAUCUGCGCUCCCGAGGGAACUGAACUUGUAACCUCCCGAGUAAGAAUGUCUUGUCCUACGUGUGCAGUCAUGAUGCUGUGUGGCCAUGUCACACAUUCCACACAUCCUGAUGUGCAGAGCAAUGUGUUCACCAAUUAUGAUCUGAAUUCUAUGUACUUACAGGAAACAUGUACAGUAGAGUGGCCUUAAACACCCCGAUUACCCCCCCCCCCUCGACACACACACACACAUACACACACACAAUUCAAAAAACAUCAUGUGACCUGUACGACAAUAGUUUGUAAAAAGCAAGACAAUGCAACUUUAUUUAUAUAAUGCAUUUCAACCACAAAUGAACUCAUUCACUCAUUCACAUACAGUAGUGACAAAAAAAAGUCAUGAUCAACACGUUAUAGUGAGGGAAAAGCCGUCAAAUUCACAAAGCAAGGAGAUGACUCAAUUUUUAAGGCAGUAAGAGUCUAGACCAUGAAAAGGUGAUUCACCGUGUUACAGACAGUUCAGGAUCAAUCAUUUAAUUCUGAAUGUGCACGGUGUCUGACUGCUGACAUUCGUAAUCAAUUGUGUGCAUGUUCAUAUGAAUGGCUUACCCUUGGGAUGCAUCAUACAUUGUGUAAGAGCAACAUAGAAAUCACUCAUGAGUUAUACACACGCUCCAUUUAUUCGUGAUACUGUACAAAACAGGCAGAGUUCAAUUGCAAGGUCAUCUCAAAUAAAGCUGUUGAGGAUCUUUUGAAGUGCAGUCUAUGAGGGUGGGGUCAGGGGGGGGGUCACCCGUUGUGGUUCCAUGGCACCUCAAUGCAACUGUGGGUGGAGCUGUUGGUCUGACAUCAUUAAAGAGAGUGAGGAGUGGUUUAAGAGUGUUACACUAACGCAACAGUGACAACACAGUAAUGACACAGUUGAGGACAUUACCGACCAAUGUGUCCUCUCACAUCACCAUUUUACUUCUCAUCACACUUUGCCUGUCUCUGCAGCAUGGCUGUGGGCGCCCACUGGUGAAGGGCCAUGACGCGCGUGCCCAUCACGAUGUCAGAGCAGUGAAGUUAAGAAGCAAACGUUGCGCUUGUAGCAGUGUGCACGACUCUGAGUGCUUCUACUUCUGCCAUCUGGAUAUUAUUUGGGUCAAUACGCCCAGUAAGACAACACUUUAUGGCCUCGGUGGCGCUAAGGCACGACAACCGAGGUCUGCAGGCAGGUGCACUUGCGCUAACCUCGACGACCUAAUCUGCACUCGUUUCUGCUGUCGACGAAUUAUUUUGUGUCCCCUCAGAGGUGUGACAAGCAGGUCAAAGAAAGUCUACAGUGCAUCAGACUGAGGGAAACAAAAGUCUCUGAGGCUAAACAUUCGCCAGGCGGCAUCUGAACGGUUUACGCUGCUGAGACGGUGAUGCAGGAAAUGAGCUGACAGGUGAUUCCGACGAGGAGAAGUGGAAACACCCCGAGGAUGUCCAUCCAAGGAAUGUGUGGAAGGUGACAGACGUCUUGCAAACACACAGCUGAAAACUGAUGCGGAAGAUAAGAACUGUCAGGUCCGGAGCACUUUGCCUCCAGAUGUCAAGGUCUUGCCUCAACCAUCUGAGAGACGAGCAUCACACAUGAAGAACAUGGAAGUCAGGAAAGUUUUACACUUCACCCAAUUUUACUCAUUAUAUUGUAAAAUGAGUUAUCGUGCCUAUUCAGGGUACUUGUUGUUCAUCAUGGAAACAGACAUUCAAAUGUGGAAAGUACAGCACCUCUUAAUCAUUCAGAGUUUACCUGAAAACCUCUCUGCGCUGCCUCCUACCUAGCAGGUUUAUUACAUUUGUAUGAACUUCAUCAAAUGAACCAGAAUAGUGAUUCAAUCAAAUGUCACAAUACUUUUAUUUGAUUAUUGAUUUGAUUUGUAAACGGCCGUAUCGUGAAUUUACAUGAUUUUUUUUCAAUGAGAAUAAACGCAUGCCCUAAUAAAGCACACAA